CGUUCCCUCCCCAAUCAUUUUGGAUUGCCCUGAUCGUCCUCGUGGAUUCAGCUGCGCAAUGGCGCUCUUCCGCUCGAUCCGAUGCUCCGCGCCUCGUUCGCUCGCAUGGACGCACACUCUCAAUCAUUUUCUACUGGGAGAUGAUUGGAGGCAUUAGAAGUGGAGCCCGGCCCAGCAAUCUCACGAAUUUUCCGCUAGAGGACAGGUACACGAUUGAAUUUGAGGCUUUGGGAGUUUCGAUCGCAGGCACUGAUGCUAAUGUCAACCACUAUCAGCCAUGCCCAAAGUCAGCAUUCUUGUCGCGAAUCGCUUUCUAUUCAUUAGCUUCCUCCCAGGCUUUUUAAGCAGAUCUCCUCCUUCGUUCUCUCCAGAUCUUUUCUAGUUUGUGCUCUCUCUCUCUCUGUCUUUCGAUCGUAGAAAAAAAUGCGUGAGAGCGUGGCUGAAGUGAUUCUUCCAGGAUUCCGGUUCCAUCCCACGGACGAGGAGCUCGUCGGGUUCUAUCUCCGGAGGAAAAUCCAGGACAAAGCUUUUCCUUUCCAAGUUAUAACUCCGCUCGACAUCUAUAACUAUGAUCCCUGGGAACUUCCAAAACUGUCCGUGUGCGGGGAGAACGCGUGGUACUUUUUUUGCCUGCGAGAUCACAAGUUUAGGAACAGCUUGAGACCAAACCGGAUCACCAAGAGUGGAUUUUGGAAGGCAACGGGGCCGGAUCGUCCAAUUUCUACCGUGGAAACUUCCAGCUGCGUCGGCUUGAAGAAAACUCUCGUCUUUUACAAAGGAAGAGCAACCAAGGCAACCAAGACCGAGUGGGUCAUGCACGAAUUUCGUCUUCCAACCAUCGGGAGUUCUGCACAGGGAAGCUGUGAGCAGGAAUCGUGGUCCGUGUGUAGGAUCUUUAGAAAACGCUGGUCCCCGAGGAAAAAUUCUGCCACGGGCUCUGUUGCUGCGAGCAAAAAUGGCGUCGAGGAGGAACCCAGCCUCGAGUACGUAAUGACGGCGUCGGAUACGUUGAGUGAUGGUGGUGGCGGCGAAGCACAGACGCUAAAUUUUUUCUCCUGACCGAUCGCCGAUCGACGAGGUGGGGGUUCUUCUUGAGAUCAUAAACCAACGACCACAAAGCUUUCGUCUUCCAGGAAGCUUUUUAGUUCUCUCUCGAUCGCGAUCCUACGCAAGUUAGCAAAAGUUUUAGCGAGAGAAACAAAGAGAGUUUGUCCAACCUGUGUUGAUCUCGCAAUUCCUUGUGACCGAUCGUCAACUUGUCUAUUGCUUCCUCAAGCCUGCAGGAAGAUCGAAGUAAGCAAUUGUAGUUAGUUGAUCUUGAUCUUA